AUGACCAUCAGACAACUAAAAACAUCGCCACCUAGUGGUCUGGUGGGACUCAAAAAGCACUCUGUAGGUGAAGGUGCGAAGGAUGCCUUGAGACAACUUUUGAGGGCCGCAAAGACGGAGCUUCCAAAGGAGUUCCUGAAAUACGCUGAUCGCGUUAUGUUCUUGAGAAAUUCUCGUGCAGGGGAUACAGUAUGCUUUCCGUGUCCCCUGCGUGAACAAGAAACAGUAGCGGCACUUAAAGCGCUGGAGGGAUGCGCUGCCGCAGCUAUCACGGACGUUCGGGGAGCGAAGCGUGAAAGGGCAGUCAAAGUCGACCUAGAACGUGUGACCUCAUUAAUAAUGUCUGCUUAUAUCACCAACAUCGACGGCUUGGAUAAGUGCAACCCCAAGACCAAGGAACGAAUCCCGGACACCGACCUAAACAAGGCGCAGUCAAAUUUAUAUCGCCGCCUGUCAGCAGGCCUAUACGAGACCAAGAAUCGAGGUGAAUACUAUCACAUACACGGAUCGUUAGAGGCUACCACGACUCUGGAAAUGAUUGGCCUUCCCGCAUUUCUCCCCGGUCUGACAGAUUACCACGAUUGUAUUAACACCAUAGAAGGGGCGGUCAGACGGUUUUCAGGAGACGAGUUGGAAAGGCUGAAUCGAGAAUAUCGGCAGGCAGGUGUCCCCGUUCUUACCAAUGAGAAGUAUCAAAAGACGAAUCAUGGCCGAGCGAUGGCGUCUCUUCCGCUAUUUACAGUGAAGUCUUUGGGCAUGGAUACGCCACCUGUCCCCUUUACAGAAUCCACAAAUGGGCCAAGUCAGUGUCUGCAGGGACUUCGUGUUAUUGAGCUGUGUCGGGUGAUUGCAGGGCCAACUAUCGGCCGAUCCCUAGCAGCGCAUGGCGCAUCCGUGUUAAAGAUUACAUCGUCGCAGUUACCAGAUGUUCCAUUCUUCCAAUUGGACGUCAACACCGGCAAACACACCACAUCCCUACAUCUCAAGAACCCGCAUGACGUCGCUAUUUUUGAAUCUCUCCUUGAGACAGCAGACGUGAUAAUUGAUGGGUACCGACCGGGAGUUAUUGCUAACCUCGGUUAUCGACCCGAGGAUCUUGCAGCAAAAGCAGCGCGACGCGGCAAGGGUAUCGUUUAUGUGGCAGAGGACUGCUUUGGCGGUACCGAGAUAGGCGCCGAGUGGGCCGGCCGGCCAGGUUGGCAGCAGAUCGCCGACUGCGUUACGGGCGUGGCAUGGGAGCAGGGCCGGUUCAUGGGUCUUAACGAACCGGUCGUCCCGCCCUUUCCUAUGUCUGAUUACGGUACGGGAUGCGUCGGCACUAUCGCGGCUCUCACCGGCAUAUACCGUAGGGCGACACAAGGAGGAAGCUGGAUCUGCCGAACUAGCCUAUCACAGUAUAACAUCUUCCUCUUAUCCCUCGGUACGUAUCCGAUCGACGUCAAAGACCAACUCCGUCGCGAACACGACCCUCGUUUCUUCGAACUGCGCCAUAACGAUUCCGUCGACGAAGUUAGCCAGCGAGCUUUAGCCAGUGUCAAACAUCUGCAUCCGGCGCUAUUUGCAAGCCAUACAAUGCAAAGCGCAUAUAGCGAAGCUUAUGGCGGAGUAGUGACAUGGACAAAGGAGUCGCUACAGGUGGACGGAAUUAAGAUCGGUCAUGUGAGACCGACACGGCCUAAUGGAUAUGACAAGCCGACGUGGGAAGAUUGGGAGAGCGACGAGACGCUAUUGGAUGCUUGA